CCUGGGGCGCCGUCUCAUAGGGAAACACCAUCACCAGGGGCGUCGUCUCAUAGGGAAACACCAUCACCAGGGGCGUCGUCUCACAGGGAAACACCAUCACCAGGGGCGCCGUUUCAUAGGGACACACCCUCACCAGAGGCGCCGAUGAUAGCAGAUUAUGGCGACGUCAUGAUGAACGAGCAAUCAUCUACCGAUACAGCCCAUGAGAACAUCGACUCGACUCGAGCGUCGGGUCUUCCCGGUCACCACGAUGACGUAGUCAUCCAACCAACAACGCACAUGUGGUCUGGACACGACAGACGCGACGCAGAACACACCUUCGACAACUCAGACAGCCUUGAAAAUAACUGUCCAGACAACAGUGAGCAGACGAGAGAGGUGCGUGACAAGGAUAACAUCGAAGUCAAAUCAGUACACGGGAGCACGGGGACUGUGGGACGCAUAGAGGGAAGUGACGACGAGUACGCCUCUAUGGGUACUGCUGAAAUUAGAUUUGGUGGUAAUUAUGAGAGAAUACCUCACGGCGAUGAUGCUGAAAUGCCCGGUGCUAAUGAAGACGAUGUCGCGCGGGUAGAUAGAAGUGAUGAACAAACCGGCAACGGCAAAAAGACAACAGGUCAUUCUGAAAUCUAUGUUCGAGACGCGACGCCUGAGGUCAGCCAAACGUCCGUGGCAUCGACCAACAGAAUUCCGUCGUCUUCUCGGCCAUCAUCUGGGAACUAUUACAACCAAAGGGUCAAGCGCCUCUCAACACCAAGCUCAAGUCCGAUCCCGGUAACAGGAGCAGGGGGGCACCCUGAGGUGGAAACUGAUAACGGCCAAUCGUCACGUACCUCUGACGACGUCGCGUUGACACAACGCUCGGAAACAGACGGCAUCAAUGCUACACCUCAGGCGGCCGACACAACUCAAUCCAGCCAAAUAACAACGGGACAUGUAGCGGACGGCAGGGAGAAAAGAUUCAUUGAUUUAGAUGACUCUGUAGAAGGCUCGUAUUUCGCUUUGUUUAAAAAACCCGAGUCCUCCGAUGGCCAGGAAGCCGUUCGAAAUUCAACAAUUCUGGCAAACGAGGACCAGGUGGCAGCACUGGCAUCUGGAGAAACGGCGCAUCAACGCUCGGAAGAAUCAGACACUUCCGGUGGUUCUGACAGACCUCAGGUCACCGGAACAAGCGCGAUGGAAGAAGGCGACGCUCUCAUCGCUAAGACAACGACACCACCGCCAGAGGUAGACCCGACUGCUGGUGAUAGUGAUCUAGACACCGUUUCAAAUAUUGACCGCAACACGGACAGCGAUGAAAGCAUUGAUCGUAAACCAGACGACGAGAAGUCGGUAAUUGAAAAUGUAGACAUCGACCGACGUGUUGACGGUGUCGUUGACCAUGACGUAGAUGGCAAUAAACGACCAGGCGCUCGUGAAAUUGACGUUGAUGGCAAUGGCGUCGUUGUAGUGGUAACAGGAAAGGCGUCGUCAUUAGAGGGAAAUAACUCCUCUAACGAAAACGGCGACAUAGAAACUGUUGACGACAGGAAUAUACCAGGAGGUAACCCGCCAACUGGUUCUGACAUCACCGGCGAAGAUAAAAUGGCGGAACCUGCAGUUGACGACAACAGUGACACGCCAGUACUAGAAGGUGAAGGGGGACUCAGGGACCAGGAGGGAGAUGGUGGUGACACGGAGGGCAACAAUGAAAACGAGAACAGGAAAGCCAGACCUGAGCAUUCGUCCGAGAAAACCCACAGCGGAUCGACCGGAAGUCCCAUCAGGGCUAACUCGACCCACGCACCGUUUGAAGAGAUGACGGCCAUUGAGAGGCUGAAGUACGGGCCGUACGCGGAGAGCUUGAAAAAUCUGAACAGACCGGCACCGCCCCCCAGGAACAGCAACCACGGCGCUUCGAGCAAAGCCAACGGCAAGAAAGCCAAGAACCAGAAACUUGUGAAGAGGGGUCAAGGUCACGAAGAGCCGGGCAGCGGAAGCGCCAGACACGUUUCCAAGACUAAGCCCGAUGAGAAAACGGGGGCCGGGGGUAAUCAGAGAAAGGUCAAAGGUCAGACAGCACAGUCGGCCCCGGGGAAGGCUGAGUCGGAUAAGCAGAAUAAGCAGAAGGAGAAAAUAAGCUUUUUCAAGAAAACUGUUCACGUACGGGAAAUCCCGAAACACUCGGACACCACGGGUGCUAAGACUAACGACGAGAUCUCUGCGGACGCGGGCGAGGCACUUUUAAAUGAAGAUGCAACAAUGACUGCCGCCGAGAACACAAAGCUCAUCAGUCCGACAAGCCUCGACGCGACAGAACUACACCAGAACUCCGACCGCCUCGCCGAGACACACACGCCUAAUGGCGAGAUCAGAAAAGGAGAUGGACAGGGUGAUGUCACAGUGCCCAACGGUGCACCCGUGAUGGGCCCUGAACUCCCGGACGGUCCCCCCUCAGAGCGGGGAAACCAAGACGCGGGGAAAACGCCGAAUAAGAAGGAAGCCGACGCGACCAAAAACGGCCAGUCAGAGAAAAAGGGUUCAUCCUUUCGAGACUUGUUCGGGGGUAAAAGUAAAGCGCGCGUCUCGUCCCCGAAAACCAACGAGAAGCAGGCGGCCAAGUACUCGCCGCUAACGGCUCCGCGAGGCACGCAUUCUGUCAACGGGAUCCUCAUCACCACGACGACGGCAGAGGACGCCCAACAGCAGCAGCAAACCCCCGCGGGGAACGCGCCCGUUUCGUUGACCGUGGUGGACGAGACGGCGUCGAGCGCACACAGCAAGGCCGGCCGCGUGGUCCUCGCCAACAUGAGGCUGAAGAUGAGAGAGAAAACCCUGUCGAGCUCCAUCAACUCCAACUCUUCGCUCCCCGUCCACGGAAGGUCAAGGUCACCGUCGCCGGAGACCAGCUUCGGGAGCACCGGCUCGAAACCGGCCAAAGUGGCCCACAAGACCCACAGCAUGAGCUCCCUGCAGGUUCCCGGCCCCACCCCGAACACGACCCCGAGGGAGGCGGCCCAGGAGGAAGACAACUUCUCGCUGUCGUCGAGGAGGGACUCGGCGCGCCACUCGUUCGACUCCUCGGCCAGGAGAUCCAUGGAGUACCGACUUCAACACACGACGGCCGCCAUGCAGGCCGAGGCAGACGAGAAGCCCAAGUCGGUGUUGACCAAUGAUGAAACGUUCAUCAAGAACGCCAUUCCGUACCUGCCCCUCGGACUGGCCAUCUGCUGUCUCAUUCUGAACGUGAUCAUCCCAGGGUCAGGUGAGUGAGUCCGAUACAUAGAUACAGGUUCGCUAUCACAUAUACAGGCUCGCUAUCCAUAAACCUCGCAUUGCUGACCAACUUGGUCUGGUUAAAAAUCAAUUAGCUGGGCAUUUAUUUCAUCAAAAUAACUACCAGUAAUUUUCGACCUUCAUAAAAAGUUCAAAUUUAUUAAAUAUUCUUUUUAAAAACUAUUUAAAUUCAUUUUUAAUAUUCAAUGUAACAGAUCAGUGGUUCCCAUUUAGUUAAGGACAACCAAUAUUCUAUGAAACAGAGCAGUGGUUCCCAUUUAGUUAAGGACAACCAAUAAAAUCAUGGACGAAAUAAGUGGAUCAACAAUUACGGAUAAAUAAGGAAGUAAGCUAAACAAAAUAUUGACUACCUUAUUCUUGGUAAAGUUGGUUUAAAUUCAGAGCGUUCAUUAUUUAUAGCUCACAGUUUCUAGCCUGUCAAUUCUACCCGAACUCUCCCAGGUACAGCUCUGAGCGGCCUGUCCAUUCUGUGCUGUGGUCAAGCCAGAGUCUCCAACAAGAACGACCAGAUUUUGACCACUCUAUGCGCCAACUGCAUGGUGGGUGUGGCCCAGCUCUUCACCGUCACCUUCUUCCUGGUCGGUUGGUUCUGGUCAAUUGGAUGGGGCAUUCAGAUGGUGUCUCUUUCAGGU